UGCUUACUCGAAUUUCCACGUGCCGAAGUACAAUGUUGCGCCACACUUUGCUGGUCUCACUGGUGUACCUGACAGUGCUAGAGACCUGCAGUUUUGGUGAAAUCGUUACCCGGGGUCGUCGGUCGGACACCAGUGGAGGAUCGGCCGCCACCAAGGACGUCCUGGCCGGGGAUGGUAGUAGUAGUGGCAGUAGUAAUGGCGGUAAGGGAGACCCCAGCAAGUCCGCCGGAGGGGACUACUCCAAGUUUUAUAAAGAUUUCGGAAACUUCGGCUAUAAAUGAGCAGAGAGUACAUACGGGUCAUUUCAUUUCAGACAUCAUGGACAAUUUGAAGGGCUUUAUACCUAAACAUGACAAGGACAGCGACAAAGACGAAAGCGACGAAGACUUGAGCGACGAGGAUGACGACGAUAGCAGCGAUAACGAUCAGAUGGACUGGGCGUCCAUCUUUGGUGGCUUUUCUGACAAGUAUAUGAACGGCACAAACAGUCAGGGUUUUAACGAACAAGAUAGCACGAACCAGACCCAGCAGGAUCAACAGAACGGCACUAUAUCUCAGGCGUUCGCCAAGUUCUUCAAAGGAUAGGAGGCGGCAUGAUGCGCAACUUCCACAGCUUAUAUGGAAACAAACCUGAACAGCGUCAACGUCUAUUUCACUUCAUCAUUAUUAUAUUAAUAUGUUGCAAUUUUAUGAAAAUAAAACAAAC